AUGCCUCCAACUAGUCCGAACCGUGGCCGGCAAAGAGACCCUGUCUCCCCCCGGAGGUCCCGUCGACUGGCUGGGCAGACUCCUGAGGUCGACACUAGGGGGGCUCGGGCCCAGCAGCGGUCCGCCUCCAAGGCCAAUUGUCGGCAGUCAGUGAAUGGCAUGCCGGAACCCACUGAGACAUUCACUAAUUUGAUAGACGCCGCGAGGGCAAGGGUUGAGAGUUAUGUGAAUGGAGAGAGACCGCAUGAAGAGUAUCUCCGUCCCUGCCUGAAGGCCUUUCUGGAAUGGUUGCCACCAGGAGGUCAAACUUCUGUUGCCCGAGACAUCGUCAACGCUGGGAAUGACGACCAAAAGCUGUGGCAGGUGUUUCACGAUCUUCUCACCUGUCUUCUUUACCGAAUGAUGGCAGAGAGUCCCAUACCCUCAGAGCGGGAAUCGCCCUUUGACUUCAGGGAGCCCAACCUUGAGGUGUUUGUAGGGACGCUCAUCCAACCAGAGGUUCGAGACAGCGAUUUCCGGGACGAGUGUGCGCGCCGAGAUGAUUACCGCUGUUGUAUCACUGGCCAUCUAGGUACCACGAAAUGGAAGCACAAUGGAUAUCUCCCAGUUGAUGAGGACGUGGAGUGCGCCGACAUCAUACCCUGCAGUUACACGUCCUGGGCGGGAAGCGAGUGGGAAGUGUUUUAUAAAUGCUUCCCCAGGGUAUGUCGUAGUAGAUUGAAGACCCCCUCGAACGGGAUGAUGUUGCUCGAUUUCCUGCACAAAUCGUUUAGAAUGUUUGAUAUGGCCUUUGUCAAGACAGAAGAGCAGAAUGUUUAUGACAUCAAGAUUUGUACGAGAUUCAACGCCGUCCUUAAGAUGCUCUUGCCGCCUGAUGAUCGCAAGGUCAAAUUUCAAUGCAGUGAAGGCGCGGACAAUAUCCCCCUGCCAGAUCCAAUGUUUCUAGACUGCCAUUAUCGGGUCGCCGAGAUCAUUAACGCCGCGGAUUUGGUAUGGCCCAUCAGGAACAAAAUCCGAGACUGGAGGGACCUGGAAAAGUAUGGUGACACCAAUGGCUGUCUCCGUUCCGACGGUUCUACCGACAUAACCGAUAUUUUGAACACCGCUCUGUGGCCAGCUGUUGCGGAAUGA